UUCCAUGCAAACUUCAUCACAAACAACCCUCUCUUCUCGAUUCUCUUAUUCCAAUCUAAUGGCACAAGUUCGAUAUAAUCCAAUGUCCGUCAUGGUCGUGUAUAUGAUCGUGCUAUUCGCCUUCGGUAGCAUCGUCGUGCAUGGCCAGGGCACACGCAUUGGCUUCUACUCCAGCACUUGCCCUCAAGCUGAGUCUAUCGUUGCAUCUACUGUCCGAUCUCAUUUCCAAUCUGACCCUAGAAUUGCUCCAGGUUUGCUAAGAAUGCACUUUCAUGAUUGCUUCGUUCGAGGUUGUGAUGCCUCUGUGCUCCUUGCUGGCUCUAAUAGCGAGAGGACUGCACCGCCGAAUCUUUCGUUAAACGGGUUUGAGGUGAUUGACGAUGCUAAGUCUCAGCUUGAAGCUGCUUGUCCUGGUGUUGUAUCUUGUGCUGAUAUUCUUACUCUGGCUGCACGUGACUCAGUAGUUUUGACAAGUGGAAUACGUUGGGCAGUGCCUACAGGACGAAGGGAUGGCACAGUUUCAAUAGCUUCAGAAGCUAACAACUUGCCUGGUUUUAGAGAUUCAAUUGACCAACAAAAGAAGGCAUUUAGCGACAAAGGUCUCAACACUCAAGAUCUUGUCACUCUCGUGGGUGGGCACACAAUUGGCACAACACAAUGCCAAUUUUUCAGCUACAGACUCGUCAACUUCACAGGAACUGGUGGUCCAGAUCCAACCAUGGACCCAGCCUUCGUGACUCAGAUGCAGGCGCUGUGUCCUCAGAACGGCGACGGGAGCCGGAGGGUUGCGCUGGACACAGGCAGUGCCAACCGGUUCGACACAAUGUUCUUCUCAAACUUGAGGAACGGACGUGGGGUUUUGGAGUCUGAUCAAAAGCUAUGGACCGACGCUUCCACUCGCAGUUUUGUUCAACGCUUUCUGGGUUUGAGAGGCGUCUUGGGUUUGACCUUCAAUCUUGAGUUCGGGAGAUCUAUGGUUAAGAUGAGUAACAUUGAAGUGAAGACUGGAACUCAAGGAGAAAUUCGUAAAGUUUGUUCUGCAGUUAAUUAAUAACUAGACAUGAAUUGCGAGAAAGAACAAAUAUAUACGUUUUAGUCUCUUUGUAAUUUUCUUUUACAUUGCAAUGUUUAAAAGAAAAAACGAAUUGCAAUGAAAGGGAUAAUGUAUACUUCAAUUUAUAUGAUUUUGGAUUAAAAUAUCAUUUUGGUUCUAUUUAUACUA